ACACGAUAUGUCAGAUGAAUGUGGAAAGGCGACGUGAGCGUGUCUGAGAAUUUCGUGUGGGAAUCGAAUGUUCUAGUGUGAUAAAGAAUAAAAUAUAUUUGUGAGACUUUAAUUGAAAGUUUUCACUGAUCGUACGUAAAGAAAAAUAUUAAGAACAAGAAAUGACGCGAUAAUAAAAGAAAAAUAUUUGCAAAAAUUAUAACAAAUUCUUAUAGCGCGAAAAAUAUAAAAUUUUUCGAAUCUUUUCUUCGUUGCUAGACGCAUAUCUAUACAGGCGUAGGUCAAACGAAAAUAUAACGUUAACAUUUUCUCUCGGUGCAAGUGCUUGUCACAAUUAUCUCUUCAUUAAAUAUAUCUUUUAUUAAAUAUACCUUUAAUUAAAUAUAUCUUUUAUAUAUACUCAUAUACUACGUUAAAAUCAUCGACGAAUAAAAAGUCUAGAAAGAUCAUUUCCUAUGACAUAAAGAAAAAAACCUGAUUAAAAAUGUAACAUAUGCGUCAAUGUCGCAACUCAUUGCUGGAAACUGUGGUUAUUGAUGCGUCGAUAUGAACAUCGAGAAGGAAUUUUGCUAGAAUGAAAAACUAAGAAAAAGAAGAAAAAGAAAAGAAUAAGAAAAUUAUAUCACGAUCUACAAAAAAAAAAUAGAAAAAAAAAAUUUUUUUAUCAUCGACGAUAUCCAACAAAUGCAAACGAAGAAGAGGAAGUUUUCCCAGGACGAUACCGGAAAUACAUGUAUAUAGAAAACAAACGGGCAAAAACAACUCAUUUGGUUUCGUCCUUAUCGAUGCAUAGAAAUAUAAAAACUCUUGAUAUUCCUCGAUAAAAGAGCAAUAAAAAAAAAAUGUGACAGAAUCCUCUGACCAAACAAAAAAGUGAAGGAAUAUUCGAGAAAGAAGGACAUAUCGAUGAAUAGGAAACGUAGUUGCUCGGGAGGAAUUCGUUUAGCUUUCCACCAAAAAAGAGACGAGAAGGAUGAAGAAGAUGAUGAUGACGAUGCGAACGGUGAAUACUAGCGUCCUUUUUCCAUCGAAGUACGAGAAUUUCAGUAAUGAAAUAAACGUUGAUCCAGCAGAGAUGUUGUCGAAAAACGACAUUUUAAUGUCAAUCAAUUCUACGUAUCUCGAACAUGCACCGAAAUUGACCAAAACGAUGUAUCUCAAGGCCAUUAUAUUAGCUGUCAUGUCGGUCAUCAGUCUAAUAGCCAAUCUUGCUACAAUAUAUUCGGUAACAAAAAAUCGUCGAAAACAGCAAAACUGGUCGGCCAUUUAUACUUUGUUAUUACAUCUAUCCGUGGCAGAUCUUCUCGUAACGAUAUUUUGUAUCGGUGGUGAAGCAGUCUGGAAUUAUACCGUUCAAUGGAUUUGGGGUAAUAUCGCCUGCAAACUCUUUAAGUUUCUCCAAGUGUUCAGUCUUUAUCUCAGCACGUUCAUCCUCGUGCUGAUAGGUGUCGAUCGUUUCGUUGCUGUUCGAUAUCCGAUGAAGAAUUUGAGUACAACUCAUCGAUUUUUCAGAUUCGUCGUGUUUGCCUGGGUACUCUCUAUACUUUUGGCAACACCACAGAUCGUUAUUUUUCAUGUGGCAUAUGGACCUUUCGUCGAGGAGUUUACGCAAUGUGUGACGCAUGGAUUUUACACGGAACCAUGGCAGGAACAGUUGUACGCUAUAUUCAGUAUAUUUUUUAUGUUUAUUUUACCAUUAACCAUUUUAAUUACCACGUACGUUUCAACGGUGAUUACGAUAUCAAGAAGUGAAAAGGCAUUCAAGUCGGAAUUAAUCAACAGUAAUUUGCAACGUACGAAUAGCGAUAUUAAUAGAAGAAAAUUGUUAAACCGUGCGAAAACGAAAUCAUUGCGUAUCAGUGUUGUCAUCGUCGCUGCGUUUGUCCUUUGGUGGACACCAUAUUACACGAUGAUGAUAAUUUUUAUGUUUCUCAAUCCCGAUAAGCACUUAAGCGAGGAUCUCCGAAGUGGAAUCUUCUUUUUUGGUAUGAGCAACAGUUUAGUGAAUCCAUUGAUAUACGGUGCCUUUCAUCUUUGGCCGCAACGGAAGAAGCAAAAUUGUUACCGCAGAGAUUUUUUAACGUUACACCGGCGAAGCAAUUGUACGAGUAAUAAUCAUUCCAUGAAACAACUUCAAGAAGCACGAACAUUAUUUUUAUCACGUGGAACACAAAUAUUGACAACUACCCCCGAUUAAGAAGAGAAACACAUAGGUCAUGUGUGAGUCAUAUAGGUCAAAUAAUUGUGUAUGUGUGAAUGUGUAUGUGUUUGUCUAUAUAUAUAUAUUGCGUGUGUCAAUAUUUGAAAAUAUUUUUAAAUUUGUAAAUACAACAUAAAUAUCUUUUCCGCUUUUUUUUUUAUAAUUUUUUGUUUCAAUAAUUUAUCGUAUAUUUAUUAUCAAAAUGUAAUUUUAAGUAAGAAGUGUUUCAAUAAUUUUUUUAUUAAGAUAGUAAUUGUAAAAAACAAUAAGAUAUAUGUAUUUUUGAUUUUAA